GCGGUCAGCUGAUCAAUACAGCAACAACUGGAAAUCCACUAGCAACCUCGAUUAUACAGAAUAUUUCUUUCUUAACAGGGAGUUUGUGUACGGUCAUAUUUAAAGAUUGUUUUAAAUACAUUUUUAAAGUUAAUUAAAGGUGCAGCAGAAUGAAAGGAUUGUUUUGCCGGGCAAGUAAGGAUGAUGCUGAACCCAAAUUCGUCAUCCAGGAGACGACUCUCCCAGAUGUUUUAGGCAGCCAUCAGGUCAGAGUUCAGGUGAAGGCUUGUGGACUCAGCUCACUGGAUCUUCAGUUGCUCAGUGAUGUGGGGAUCCAGAGAGAUUUGAUUCCUGUUGGCAGAGAGGUGGCUGGGGUGGUCCUUCAAGUCGGCCCCAAGGUAACCUUCUUCCAGCCGGAGGAUGAGGUUGUAGGCAUCCUUCCCCUGGAUUCUCCGUGUUCUGGAUUAUGUGAAGUCAUUGAUGUAGAUGAAUAUCAUUUAGUUCAGAAGCCAGAGAAACUCAGCUCGGUGUGUGUCGCUGGAGCGCUGCGCGAUGGCCUUUGUGCUUACACGGCUUUACACACACAUGCUCGCAUGGCAGCCGGACACACACUCCUCGUCAUGGACGGAGGCAGCCCCUUUGGCCUCAUGUGCAUCCAGUUGGCUUGUUAUCAUGGAGUGAAGGUUCUGACAACGUCGCAUUCCCCACAAGAACACACUUUCCUGGAGCAGCUCCGGCCUCAAGUUGGGGUUCAACAUCCUUUAGUAGCCAGGGUUAUUCCCGUGUAUAACGGCUCAUCAGAUCUGCUGUCGGUCAUCAUGGAGGAGACGGGAGGGCUGGGAGUGGACAUAGUUGUAGAUUCUGGAGUCUGUCUGCAUGAAGAGGAGGAAAAGCUGGAGGAGAAGAAACUACUCCCUCACAAGUGUGACAUCAUCAGCGUCCUGGGAGUGAGCGGUCACUGGGUCACAUCCCACCAAGACCUGCAGUUGGAUCCUCCAGAUUGCAGAUUCCUGCAUUUAAAGUCGGCCUCUGUGUCUUUCCUCAACUGUGAAGUCUGGACAGCGGCAUCGGCGCAGCAAGGACGAUAUCUCCAUAUUCUGAAGGAUAUUGUGGAGAAGAUGUCGGUUGGAGUACUCAGACCUCAGCUAAAGGAAGCGGUUCCCCUCUACGAAGCCACGGUUGCCAUGGAGACGGUCCAGCGUAACCCCAGGAAAAAGGCUGUUGUUCAGCUCUGACCAAAAUUGCGACCGAACUGAUCAUUAAUAUUCGUUUAACACAUUUACAUGCUAAUGCCACACUGUUCAGUUAACUUUACAUCACGACACAUUUGACCUUCAGACUCCAGUUUAUAUCCUGUCUCUGGAUAGUUCAGGUUGCUUUCAUACUAUAAAACUACAACCCUCAUUAAAUCUGACUGUAAAGUUUCAUUUGGCCGAUGAAAAAUACAUUCCGUUGAAAAGGACAA